CCAAUGGGGUGGCGGUGAGGUCGGCCGUGGCGGUAGGUUGCGGCGGUGAUGGGGAACGCGAGCCGGGAGGUGGUGACCCUCCAGCUCGGGCACUACAGCAACUUCGUGGGCACCCACUGGUGGAACCUGCAGGAUGCUGCCUUGUGUUAUGACGGGGAGCCUAAUGACUCGUACUCCGAGAUCGACAGCAACGUUCUGUUCCGAGAAGGGGUGACAAUGCAAGGCCAGCCCACCUACACCCCCCGCCUCAUCCUGAUGGACCUCAAAGGGAGUUUGAGCAGUUUGAAGCAGGAGGGAGCCCUGUACUGUAUCAGUCAGACCGAACCUGCACUAACAUGGAAGGGGAGCCUGAGCGUGCACAAGGAGGAUCCCGCGGUAAAGAAUCAGUUUCUACAACAGCUCGACAGGCUUGGGGAUGAGCUGGACUCCAACAGGAAUCCCAACUCCAGAGUAUUCCAAGGGGAGGAAAGAGGUGCAGCAUUGCCUGGGGCUGAGAGAGCCCUUGACCUGUCACAGAGCAGCUACCGGCUAGAGGACAGUGUCAGUGUUUGGUCUGACUACCUGAGAGUGCACCUUCACCCAAAGACCGUCUCUGUCAUUCAGCAAUACACCCACAGUAGCACCUCCGAUCGCUUUGAAGCUUUUGGAUUUGGUGAGAAGCUGAUCCGUGAUCAUUCAUUUCUGGAUGAUUUUGAGGACAGGCUGCACUUUUACAUCGAAGAGUGUGACUAUCUGCAGGGCUUCCACGUUCUGUGUGAUCUACAAGACAGCUUUGCAGGUCUCUCGGCCCGGGUGGUGGAGCUGCUCAAUGAUGAAUACGGGGGCAAAGGCAUAUUCACGUGUGGUUUCAGCCCGGCCUCAUACACAGACACGAGCCCAGUGAAGGAGGUCUACCGGCUGCUGAACUCCGUCAUGGGCAUUGUGCACUUGUCGAGUCGCAGCUCCAUGUUCUGCCCAAUGUCACUGAACAGGAACGCUCUGGGACGGAAACGGCCUUCUCCCGUCGGCUUCCCACACAUCAUCUAUGACGCAUCUCUCAAUUAUCACAGCAGUGCGCUGCUCGCCACCGCCCUGGAAACUCUCACCGUCCCAUACCGGCUGCAGUCUUCCGGCAUCUCCCUCUCCCAGCUGGCGGACGCUCUCAACCCGGCCGGCAGAAAGGUGAUCACUGCAUCUGCCUCUGUUCCGUUCCCCAUAAGGGACACAGACACUAUGCCAGACGCUCUGUGCAGAGAGCAAGCUGGACUGCCUUGGACCAGGCUGACUCCAUGUGGAGACUUUCAGGAAUCCCAAACCUUUGCACAGUCUGUGGUGAUCCGAGGAGUCAGCAGUGAAAGACAAGUCAGUAACCUUGCUCCAGGAGUGAGAGGACCCUCUGUAUUACACAGCUGUCCAACUGGAGAGGAUGUGCUGAAUACAUUCCUGCGCAGUUACUUCCCCACUGCUGCACGUGCUGUCCAUCUGGCUCAAACCCCAUGUUCCGUGGCCACUCCAUACCCACAGUUUUUUAGCUCAUCCUUCAACAAACGGGGACAGCUGGUCGGAAAUGGUCUAUCUUCAACUCAUGCUGUUGAGAGUAUUCCUGUGAUGAGUGCCCUUCAGUCGUCACCGGUGUUACACAGUGUCCUGCACAGUCUGUACCAGGAGGUGAGCCGUCUGAACCUUCGCAAGUUCAGCACCUUUCUCUCUGCUGGCACUGAGCUGGAUGACUUCAGAGAGGUGCUGGAGGAGCUGAAGAACCUGUCGCAGUGCUACAAAAUGAACUUCGAUAUGGAUGAAUCAGAAGAUGACUCUGAUGGUGAAUAGAGAAUGCUCUAAACCUCCCUGUGUUCGCCCUGAGUAAACAGGGCAAAAUGGGAAUCCACCUCUGUAAAUAUGUUCACUAGCAGGGAGCGACACAACCCUGCUCAAAUAGUUACCUCCCUCUGCUCCUUACACAGGGGAGUUAGAAAUGCCUUCUGACCUAAAAGCUCAGUGUAAAUACUGGGUCCCUCAAAGAGAGACAGUAGGCUGCUUAAACAACAAAGAUACACAGUGUUAGCUAUUUUCUUUUCCAUUAAAACUUGAAAUGGUAGUCGA